GUUUGGAAAACUCUCUCCGUCAACCAUGCUUUCGUUCGCGAGCGUGGUGGUCUAGCUGGAAACGCCGGAGAUGGGUGGCAGAGGCCGGCCGAGAAAGAAAGAUCCACUGCCGAAGGGUGGUGCUGCAACAAAAACAACUGAUCUGAAAGAUGAUAAUGGAGAGCAAAAUAGCAUCUCAGUCGAGGAAACCAACAAAGAGCAAACAGAGGUCGUGAAGCUUGUUGCUCGCGAUCCAAACCAGAUGGGUCUCGAAAUGGAGAAAUCAGAGCUUUUGAGUCUAGAUCUAGGGGAGAAAGAAGGGGACGCUGAAGGAAUUUUGCUAGAUCUAGCAGGUUUGAUGCAAGGCCAAAGGAAAAGCGGUUUCGAUGCUGGUCCCAAGGAUGGAAGAGCAGAUAAGGGGAAGAGAGAGGCCGGCCCCGUGGAAGGGAAAGGAGCGAAGGGGAAGAAAGGAGUGCGCUUGGAGACUCAGCCUUCUGUCAUCCAGAUGAAGCAACCUUCUGGGGAAAAGGACGCUAGUUCUACAUCCGGCACGGCGAUGCCUCCUAGUGCUCGGUGGAGUGAUCUGAUUGAGAAGGAGAAAGGGGAAUUUCAACCAACCCUAAAGCAGAAGCCACUGCGUAAUUGGGCUUCGGUUGUGGAAGGGAAUAGGGAUAUCAAUAAAGGAUGGGAUUUGCAAUACAUAAAGCCUCAAGAUCCAACUGGUGCUGUGGUUAUUACUAAGGAUGAGUGGGUUAAAGGGUCAAAGAUUUGGGAGAAUGCUCUUGUGCCUAAGGCGUUUAUGCUGCGGAAUGGAGUUUUCUUGUUUGAUUUUGGUAAUGGAGAUGCAAAGCAUGCGGUGCUAGAGAGGCGAUGGACAUUUAAUGGGCACCCUUUGAUUUUGAAACAAUGGACUCUAGAUUUUGAUCCUGACAAUUUGGAUAUCAGUAAGAUUCCUGUCUGGAUCCAAUUUCCUGAACUCCAUUUGAGUCUUUGGAACCCUGAAAGCUUAGGAAAGCUAGCAAGCUAUGUGGGAGUUCCUAUUGCAACUGAUGCAUUAACAGCUAAAAGGCAAAGAGUGGCUUAUGCUCGUAUGCUAGUAGAGAUGGAAAUCAUGGACACUUUGCCUCGUGUAGUUCCUAUUAUUGGUCCAAAGGGUGCUUACUUCACUUGGAGUAAUAAGCAAGGGGAAAAUGACAGGCUGUGGUGCAAGCUGGACAGGGUAAUGGCUAAUACAACAUGGGUUAGUGCAUUCCCAAAUACUUCUGUUGUCUUUCUAAAUCCACAAUCCUCAGAUCACUCACCCUCUUUAGUGACUGUGGAUGUAUUGAUGAAUGAGAAACCAAGGCCAUUUAGAUUCUGCAAUGCUUGGUCUAAGGAUGACAACUUCCUUGAUCUGGUUAGGGAAGCUUGGAGUGUGGAUAUACAGGGAUGCCCUAUGUUUGUUGUAGUGCAGAAAUUGAAAUUGGUAAAACAGAAGAUGAAGCAGCUGCAUAAAAAUAGAUAUGGAAAUUUGGAGGGAAGAAUAAAAGAUAUGGCAGCAGAGCUACAAAAUGUUCAAGCGUCCAUGCAGAAUGCUUUAUUUGAUGAGACUUUGGUUGCAAAGGAAAAGGAACUUCAACGUGAAUUAACAAAGCUCGAGAGAGCAAAUCUGUCCGUAAUUGCCCAGCGAGCUAAAGUAACUUGGCUAAAGGAGAUGGACUCUAAUUCUGCUUAUUUUCAUGCUAAAGUAAAGGAGAGGCAGCAUAGAAGUGUUAUUAACUCCAUCCUGAACUGUGAAGGAGUUAGAGUGACUCAACCUGAACUCAUAGAACAAGAGUUUUUAAUGUUCUAUCAAAACUUGUUUGGAAAGGCAAAAGAAGGUGUUCAAGCAGUUGAUAUGAAUGUUAUCCGCAGGGGCAGAGUGUUAACUACUGAAGAGUCAGAAGAGUUAUGCAGGCCAUUUACUGCUAAGGAAGUGGAGAUUGCCCUAUUUUCAAUUCCUUCAAACAAGUCUCCAGGGCCUGGUGGAUUUACUUCAGGGUUCUAUAGAGUAGCCUGGUCAAUAAUUAAAAAUGAUGUCACGGCUGCUGUGUUGGAUUUUUUUGACAGUGGGAAAAUCCUCAAGCAAAUUAAUGCCACCAAUAUUACUAUUGUUCCGAAGGUGAGUUGCCCAAAUGUUGUCAGUGAUUAUAGGCCAAUAGCUUGUUGUAAUGUCAUCUACAAGGCUGAUGAGGAGUCCACUGUUUUGAUGAUGCAAAAGUUUGAGGAGUUUGGCCGAGUCUCUGGGUUGGAAGUGAAUAGAAUGAAGAGUCAGGUUUUCUUCAGUGGUGUUAGAGAAGGACAGAAAGUUGCUUUAAUUCAGAAGCUGGGUUUUGCUGAGGGACAGCUUCCAAUUAGAUAUUUGGGGUUGCCAUUGAUUUCAAAAAAGCUGUCUCCUGGGGCAUGUAGAGUUCAACUAGUUAACUCUGUUUUAUUCCACAUUCAAGUUUUUUGGAGUGGUGCUUUAUUGAUUCCUAAGAAAGUGUUAAAGCUAAUUGAUGUUGCUUGUAGAAAUUUCAUUUGGUGUGGUAAAUGGAAUUAUAAUGCAAUGUCUCUUGUAGCAUGGGAUGAUGUAUGUGUGCCAAGGAAAGAAGGGGGACUAGGGGUGAAGCAAUUGUUGCAUUGGAAUAAGGCAGCAUUAGGCAAAUUGGUUUGGAAUAUAUGUCAACAUCAAGAGUCGCUAUGGGUUAAGUGGGCACAGGUGGUGCUGUUCAGGGGUGAAAAUUUUUGGAAGGUUAAAAUCCCAGCGGAUUGUGCUUGGACAUGGAGGCAAGUUUUAAAACUUCGUCCUCUACUGAAAAAUAUCAUUUGGAUGCAAGUGGGAGAUGGAAGACAAGUUUCACUAUUCUGUGAUUGGUGGGCAGGUGAGUUAAGGUUCUGUGAGUUGAUCUCAAAGGAUAAGAUUGCUGUUUGGGGCCAUGACCUUACAGUUAGUGAGUGGUGGGAUGGUUUAGAUUGGACCAUUCCAGAUAGUUUUGUGAGAAGACAUCCCAUGCUUGUCCAGAUUAUUAGAUGUCAAAAACUAUCUCAACAAGUGGACAAGGCUAUAUGGAAACCUGCAAAGAAUGGUUUGUUUACUAUUUCAAGUUGCUAUCAGUUCCUAAGAGUGAAACGCCCUAAGGCGUGGGGGGCAUGGAAACCAGGACUUGAUUUGGCUUCAUCAAGUACCGCCAUGUGCAAAAGAUAUAUUCCGCCUUCCCAGGAAGACGACCAAGACCAUAAGCAUAAAAGUUCAUUCCUCACCAUUAAAGGGUCAUUCUUGAUCCCACUAAAGGCCAUUCAAAGGGCCAUUAAGAUCCAGCAGUUCCUCAGCUCGGUUCUCUCGCAGCGAGGGCCUUCAGCUCUCCCCUAUGUCAAGGACACUAAAUGGCUGAUACGCCAGCACCUCGUCACCCUCAUGUCUCAUUUCCCCUCUCUCGAGCCCAAGACCUCAACUUUCACCCAUAACGACGGCCGUCGACGACAGCGAGCCAAACCUUCUGCUACUACUACCGUCGACCUUCUUCUUCUUCUCUCAAACCCAGAUCUAGGUAGCAACAAGCGGAAGUAUAAGGACCCAACCCCUCCAUCAUCCGGUGGAAGGAGGCCCACCGGCUUCUCAUCUCCAGAUUCGUCCAAUAUUCAUGAGCCACCAUUUUCAGGCUACCGCAUUAAGUCUCUGUCCACAGCUAUCUUACCCACGCUGCUCUGCCGUCUGUACAGUUAUUACAGCCGUAAUCCCAUCUCAUCUAAACCCUUGCUGUUCUUUGUAUGCGCUGUUGAUAUGCUUAUCUAAUGCUAGAUUCUUGAAGUAUUAGUGCUUGUAUCUGUAGAUGGUCUGGGUUUGUCGUGUUUUUGCCUUUUUGGAUUUGAAGUCAGUGUGAGCAUGUUUCUCCUGAUAACUGGUAGAGAAUAAGGUGUGUUUUCGCUCUAAUUUGUAUUCCAUGUUUUUGAUUGACUUUUGGAUCCUCUUUGUGCUAAUUUGAAUGAAUUUUAACUGAGUUG